GGAAGAAGGGUGCUCCUCGACAUUGCCUAAUGAGGAGAGCUAGGCCGGAGUUAUAUCCCAAUAUUGUCGGAGAUAUACCAUUCACAAAGGCUUGGCUAAAGUUGAUCCGGGCUGAGUCGUGUUGGCGUCGGAUAAUUCCACUCCUUGAUUCGGGACUCUACUUUCCAAGCGCUCACUAGCUAUUGAUGGGCAAACUAUUGACUCAUGACCACCAAUGAGACGUUUAGAAUCCAUGUCAAUUGUCGCAGGUUGAUAACGCAGGAGGUUUUGGUCAUUUAGGCCCAGAAGGGGCCUUCCCAAACUCCAAAGGGAAGGGGUUCAAUAUAUGCUCGACGGAUGAAGGUUCCGGGUGGAGAUCUCCAUCUAAAGAGCUUAAGGUCAUAUUCUGGUUGAAUUCUAUCAAGAGCUUCAAGCUGACCACCGUUUCGCCCUAACCUCCCAUUCCUCAGCUAUACCCGGUCUGGAAAUUGAAACAAGACAUACCAAGACUCUUAGAUUGCCCAUCGAUACAGAGCCAUCCCACUUUUUAACCUGUACGCAACGGAACGGCGUAUAAAAUCCUCAUCAAUACCCCCCUCGUUCUCUCCCCCAGACAAGCAAAACAAUCGUCAUAUCUACCUUCCUCGUUAGUACCCAACCACUCUUCGCAUUCACCAUGUACCAGAAGCUUCUUCUCGCUCCCCUUCUCCUCGUCUCGGCUCUGGCCAGCCCUCACGAUGCCUCCUCCCAUAACCAGUUCCACCAGCUGAGUGAGCGCGCCGCUUUCCCCCUCCCCGCCUCCAAGGGCAGCCAGACCUUCAAGGAGCCUUACUACGUCAAGGGUUCCUACGACGGUGGCAUGAAGACCUUUGGCCGUGGCGUCAAGUGUACUGGUCAGAAGGAGGGUGGCGACAAGGACGCUGUCUUCAUCAUUGCUGACGGCGGUGUCCUCCGCAACGCUAUCAUUGGUGACGAUCAGAUUGAGGGUGUGCACUGCGAGGGUUCCUGCACCCUCGAGAACGUCUGGUGGAAGGAGGUCUGCGAGGAUGCCCUGACCUUCAAGGGUACCGGCAGCGGUGUCCACAAGGUCAUUGGCGGUGGUGCUCAGGGCGCCGACGACAAGGUCAUCCAGCACAACAGCGGCGGUUCUGUCACCAUCAAGGACUUCACCGUCCAGAACUUCGGCAAGCUGUACCGCUCCUGCGGUAACUGCAAGAAGCAGUUCAAGCGUACCGUUGAGAUCAGCGGCAUCAAGGCCAGCAACGGCAAGUCUCUUGUCGGUAUCAACCCCAACUACGGCGAUAGUGCCAGCAUCAACGGCUGUGCUAGCAGCGUUAAGGAGAUUUGCGUUGAGUACCAGGGUACCGACAACAACGGCAAGGAGCCCAAGAAGGUGGCCUCCGGCCCUAGCAACAGCUGCAAGUUCAAGGCUCCCUUGGCCAGCUGCUAGGUUUAACAUUGACUAAUUGGGGGGUUCCUAAAUUGUUGGAGUUAGCUGUCAGCGAUAUUGCUUCAGUACUUAACCUUCUGCCCACGGUUUUUUUUUUUCACUAUUAGUUAAAAAACCAUACACUUUAUCAACACUAUCCCUUUCCACAUCUAGACGAACAUCGAAUCGAAUGCGUGCAGAUUCUCACCUCGCAUCCUUGGAGCUAAAAGUGGUAGAGAACAAGUAGUAUGUGAUUAGAUAUCCUUCGAUAUCAUUGAAACUAUGCCCACAUUGAGGGUGAGGCCCAUAUAGUGAGGGAUAGUUUGGACUUGUUUCAUGAACCCCACUUAUACAACAGCCGUGGCCAUCUUGGUCCUGAGUGCUUUUGGCGCAAUGCCGGUGACCAUGCUUUGUAUCCUCUGUUUAACGCGUUACUAGUUUGCACAGGUCACGGUUCCGGGGUAGCUCUUCCAUUAUCAUGGUCGCAUGUAUCUCAAGGAUCUCUUCGUAAAUUUUUCAUAUUAUGAAUCUAUUUCCAAAUG